AUGUAUAUCCAUCACACUUAUCUUGAAGACAUUCCAGUAUCCAAAACUUUGUUCCUCGUUCGCCGCAAAUUUAAUGUCCUUACUUUUUCUUUCAGAUUCAUGGCUGUCUUGAUUUGCCUCAUCUUCAGCGUGUUGUCAACCAUUUCGCAGUAUGAAGAAUUUGCAAACGGGACGCUAUUUUGGAUGAUAACUCAAAACCUACACCACGCUGCCAGGCUGAUAAACCACUCUCUUACUAAUAAAAUACAAAACAAACUUGUUAAUUCUUCCAUUUCCAUGGAAAUCUGCUUUAGAGUUCGCUUGAAUUCAAAAUUUGCCGUCACUCCACGUUCUGGAAUCAAUUGUGAUAGCUGCGUGGUUGCGCGUCGCGUUAGUGGUGCCGCUGGCGCUUCGGAUCCAACGGCGGCAAGUGUUUCGCCUAACUUCGGGCCAUUCCGAGGCAUAAGAUUUCUGCAGAUUCUUCGCAAUGCUUCACGUGGACAGCACAAGGGAGGCACUUGGCAGGCCCUCCUUGGUCGCGUAGUCUUCAUCCACAGACAGGAGCUGAUCACGACCCUCUACAUCGGGUUCCUUGGCUAUCUUUUCUGCCUCGACAAGGAUCACCGUGACGAACCCAUGCAGGCUACGAGUGACACAGUGCCAAGGACGUGGAUGGGGAAGAUCGUGGCCUCGUGUUUCAGUGUCUUCGCCAUUUCUUCUUCGCUUCUCUCCUGCUGGCAUCCUGGGCUCCGGCUUGCCCUCAAAGUGCAGCAGAAAGCAGCGCAGAAGCACUUCAACCGGCAGAUCCCCGGCGGCCAUGCUGAUCAGUGCCUGUGGAGAUGCUACGCCGCCGACAAGCACUUCAAUUCCACGGCCACUUGGAAGAUUCACCUGAAGGACCCCGCCGCCAACAACCAUUCGCAGUCCACGCCGCUGAGCAAGGUUCAGUGCCGGGCUUCGGACGU